ACUACCAAUGAGUAGAUAAAUGCUCAACUGAAAACACUGCUAGCUAAACACAAUGAGCACCAAACUUUUAGCCACCUAGCUGAAGCUAACUUUCAUCAUAAAACGCAGCAUUCUGAACAGGUCUCCAUUCUGGCAUCCUAAGCAUGAUAAAUCUUGUGCUGAUGUGCCAUGAUCUUGUUAACUCACAGCCAACACUAUGUGGAAGCUCCUCUGUCCAGUGCAGUUAAUGUUACCUUGAAGAGGAAAAGCCAAUAAAAGUGAGCAGCACAAAGAUGAGUAACACCAACCCGGGCAAAGCCAAAACUCCCUGCAUGGCUAAAACCACUAGAAGAAUGGCAAUAUCUAAGAAUGGCUUAACCAUCUUUGCCCUUCUGCUGGCACUCUAUAUUUUGGAAACAGGCAACUUCACUGAAUUUUCAAGUUUGGUUUCACCGGUACACUAUGAAGAAGAACAUUUUCUACCUCACACCAGGGAGAGAAGGAAUGUGCAUACAGGCCAAUGGAAUUACAUGAUAGAUGUUGAAGUGAAUGCCUCUGAUGUAGAAACAUUUGAGCGGAUUCGGUCAGUCUUGAACAAUACUAGUCUCCCCAUACAACUUGGUAACAUGACAGAGAUCUCUGACAUCGGCAUCACCACAGUGUGUUCCUCAACUGGCACUGGCUUCCAGUGCAGAUGUGAGGAACAAUUUGCUUGGCCAUACAGCAGCUGCAUCACAUACGGAGCCUGUGAUUACAUAUCUGGUGGCAUCUGUAAAUGCAUCAAUGCUAUUCCAGCUGAUGGUCAGUCCUGCCAGCCAAUGUCAGUGCUGCUAGCUCACAUUGAGUAUGAAGUGGAUGUAGAGCUGAAUGUGACUGAUGUUGCGACAGUGGACUACCUCAGGAGCCUGUUAAACAACGGCAGCUUUUCCCUGACUCUGGGUCCCACUGUGAAUGUCACACACAUUGACAUCACCACAGUGUGCUACCCAAAUGGUACCAGCUUCCAGUGCAGAUGUGAGGAUCAGUUUGUAUGGUCGUAUAAAAACUGUAUGACAUAUGGAGCCUGUGAUGACAUCACUGAUGACACGUGCAGGUGUAUCAACGCUAUUCCAUCUGAUGGGCAAUACUGCCAGCCAAAGACAGUGCCCCCGGUUGUCUAUGAAUACCAGAUUUUCAUUGAGGUGAACACUACAGAUGCAGAUCAACUGAGAAACACCAUGGAAAAUAUCACUUUCCCCAUUCAAAUCAGCACACAAAUAAACAUCUCAGAUGCAAAUAUUACUACAGUUUGCCACCAGGAUGACACUGGGUUCCAGUGCCGUUGUGAGGAUAACUAUCUUUGGCCUUGUGACAAGUGUGCCACAUAUGGGAAAUGUGAAGGUGAUACAAACAACACAUGCGGGUGCAUCAAAGCUAUUCCCACAGAUGGACAGUACUGUCAGUCAAUACAGCAUCAAAACAAAACAGUGUGUCCUCUGACAACGACUUCUACACCACCAUCAACAGCUCCUCCAGUUGUUUAUGAAUAUCUGAUUUCUAUUGAGUUGAACACCACAGAUGCUACAGUAACAGAUCAACUGAGGACCACUCUGAGAAACAUCAGUUUUCCCAUCAGCAUCAGCAGCCACAUACAAGUCUAUGACAUCAACAUUUCUACAGUUUGCUAUCCAAGCAGUGCUGGUUUCCAGUGCAGAUGUGAGGAUCAGUAUCGCUGGUCAUGUGACCAGUGUAUCCUGUAUGGAUCCUGUGACAACAUCACUGAUGACACAUGUGGAUGCAUCAAUACUCUCCCUCCUGACGGACAAUAUUGCCAGUCUGCUGAUCAGCACAACUUCACAGCGUGUCCCUCAACAACACUCUCUCCACCACCAACAACUCCACCACUUCUUUAUGAGUACCUGAUUUCUAUCGAGUUGAACACCACAGAUGUUGCAACAAUAGAUAGACUAAGGACCAUUCUGGGAAAUAUCACAUACCCCAUCAGCAUCAACAACCGCAUACAACUCUCUGAUGUCAACAUUUCUACAGUCUGCUAUCCGAGCAGUGGUGGUUUCCAGUGCAGAUGUGAGGAUCAGUAUCGUUGGUCAUGUGACCAGUGUUUCCUGUAUGGAUCCUGUGACAACAUCACUGAUGAUACAUGUGGAUGCAUCAAUACCCUCCCUCCUGAUGGACAAUAUUGCCAGCCUGUUGAUCAGCACAAUUUCACAGCUUGUCCUCUUACAACACCCUCUCCACCAUCAACAACUCCUGCAGCUGUUUAUGAAUACCUCCUUUCUAUUGAGUUGAACAUCUCAGAUGGUGCAGUAAUAGAUCAACUGAGGACCAUUCUGAGAAAUAUCAGUUACCCCAUCAGCAUCAACAACCACAUACAAAUCUAUGACGUCAACAUUUCCACAGUUUGCUAUCCAAGCAGUGCUGGUUUCCGGUGCAGAUGUGAGGAUCAGUAUCGUUGGUCAUGUGACCAGUGUUUCCUGUAUGGAUCCUGUGACAACAUCACUGAUGACACCUGUGGAUGCAUCAAUACCCUCCCUCCUGAUGGACAAUAUUGCCAGCCUGUUGAUCAGCACAACUUUACAACUUGUCCUCUUACAACAAAACCUCCACCACCAACAACCGCACCAGUUCUUUAUGAAUACCUCAUUUCUAUUGAGUUGAACACUACAGAUGCAACAAUAAUAGUUCAACUGAAAGCCGCUCUGGGAAACAUCAGUUACCCCAUCAGCAUCAACAAGGACAUAGAAAUAUCUGAUGUUAACAUUUCUACAGUCUGCUAUCCAAGCAGUGCUGGUUUCCAGUGCAGAUGUGAAGAUCAGUAUCGUUGGUCAUGUGACCAGUGUUUCCUGUAUGGAUCCUGUGACAACAUCACUGAUGACACGUGUGGAUGCAUCAAUACCCUCCCUCCUGAUGGACAAUAUUGCCAGCCAGUUGAUCAGCACAAUUUUACAACUUGUCCUGCCACAACACCCUCUCCAUCACCAACAACUCCUCCAGUUGUUUAUGAAUACAUCAUUUCUGUUGAGUUGAACAUCUCAGAUGUUGCAGUAAUAGAUCAACUGAGGACCAUUCUGAGCAACAUCAGUUUCCCCAUUAGCAUCAACAACCACAUACAGGUCUCAGAUGUGAACAUCUCUACAGUUUGCUAUCCAAGCAGUGCUGGUUUCCAGUGCAGAUGUGAGGAUCAGUAUCGUUGGUCAUGUGACCAGUGUUUCCUGUAUGGAUCCUGUGACAACAUCACUGAUGACACAUGUGGAUGCAUCAAUACCCUCCCUCCUGAUGGACAAUAUUGCCAGCCUGUUGAUCAGCACAACUUUGCAGCUUGUCCUGUUACAACACCUUCUCCAUCACCAACAACUCCUCCAGUUUAUGAAUACAUCAUUUCUAUUGAGUUGAACAUCUCAGAUGUUGCAGUAAUAAAUCAACUGAGGACCAUUCUGAGCAACAUCAGUUACCCCAUCAGCAUCAACAACCACAUACAGGUCUUGGAUGUCAAUAUUUCUACAGUUUGUUACCCAAAUGGUACAACGUUCCAAUGUAGAUGUGAAGAACAGUAUCGUUGGCCUUGUCAUAUGUGCUCCACUUUUGGCAAAUGCAACAAUAUAACUGACAAUACUUGUGGAUGCAUCAAUGCCAUUCCUCCAGAUGGGAUUUAUUGCCAGCCACUGUCAGACCUCUUCAUUUGCCCAUCACCAACUCCUCCAACUGAUUCUACACCUGUUGGUACAACAGAUGUGGCCACUACAACAGUUGCAUCAACAAUCAUAACAAACACAACACCUAUUGCUACAACAGACUUGAACACUACAACCCCCACAAUUACACCGUCGACUGUAGUUACUAAUUCCACACCUGUUGGUACAACUAAUCUAAACACAACUGCAGCUGCAACCACAUCACUGACAGUUAUAACAAAUUCAACACCUGUUGCUACAACACAUAUGAAUACUACAACACUCACAACUUCACCAACCACUGUAUUUAACGAUUCAACAACAGUUGCUACAACAAAUGUGAGCACAACAACAGUUACCCCAACACCAACAACAAGUGUAACAAAUUCAACACCUGUUGCUACAACACAUAUGAAUACUACAACACUCACAACUUCACCAACCACUGUAUUUAACGAUUCAACAACAGUUGCUACAACAAAUGUGAGCACAACAACAGUUACCCCAACACCAACAACAAGUGUAACAAAUUCAACUCCUGUUGCUACAACACAUAUGAACACUACAAUAGCUGCAACACCAACAACAUUUAUAACAUAUUCAACACCCGUUCCAACACCAGAUGAAACCUCUACAACAGCUGCAACACCAACAUCAGCUGUAACAGACUUAACACCUCAUGAAACAACACAUCAGAACACUACAUCACACACGUCUGCACCAGUAACUGAAGUUACCAAUUCAACGCUGAUUGCUACAACAACCACAACUCGACCAACAACUGUCAUUACCAAUUCAACAACCAUUGCUACUACACCAACAACAAUUGUAACAAACUCAACGCCUGCUGUUACAACAACCACAACUCAACCAACAACUAUCAUUACCACUACUCAUGUGACCAGCCAAAAUACCACAGUUAGCUCCACAUCAGAAGUUACUUCUACCCCAGCCCUUACAACAACUACUAGUACCAAGGCUAGUGCCACUACAACUACUGUCCCCAACAUGACUACUACCAUGACCAUUACAACCACCACUACCAGUACAACUGCUACCAGUACCCCUUCAGCAACCAGUUUAACUACUACUGCAUCUACUACUGUUACAACACCGCCUGCUUCUACAACAGCUUCUGCUACAGGAUUUGAUGUGGAAAUGUUAAUCAGAUUAGACAAACAGUACACGCCAGAACUGAAUGAUGCAACAAGUUCUACAUACAAGGAGCUAGAAUCAAGGAUUGAUUCAGUGUUAGAGGAGCAGUAUAAAGGAAUCACUGGGUUCAUUAAUGUUUUUGUGAGGGCCUUCAGAGAAGGAAGCCUAAUUACAGACUUUGUUGUUCAGACAAGACAAAUUAAUUCAGACGAAAUAGCUAAAGCAAAUCAAAAACUCCCAGAAGCAAUGGAGCCUAUUGCCCCUGUGAUUGGCUCUGUAACUGCACUUUACAACAGUCCAACUUCAAUCAGCUUUCCAAACCUCACUUAUACUGGUAAAGCAAUGACACUGACGUGUGGGCCUCCUCCUGAAAACAUUAAUAUUGGACAAAUUUCCGACUCUAGAUGGAAAUUUAGAGGACUGAGAAUUAAAGGCAGUGGAAGAUUUACUAUAACUACAUCUGACAACACGUCUGUGCUUAGAAUUGACAACGUCAUUCUUGCUGAUGCUGGACUUUAUGAAUGUACUCUGAUUGGCAGAGUAAUGGAUUUCCUCCAGAAAGGAGAUGUAACAAAGAUCAAACAAGCUCCCGUUGUGCGACUACAGAGUAAAGUUAACGUUCAAUGCAAAUUGGGACAAAUACAACCACUUCAGUGUUGCGUGCAGUCCGACUAUAAAGUCAAGUGGUUUCAAGGCACAACUGUUUUACAGUCAGACGAAAGUAAUGACCGAAAAGCCUACUGCAUCACGCAUGAUUACCAGAUAGACAGCUGCAGCGAAUCAGAGGAGAAAAAAGAGUUUAUAUGUAGGGUGGAUGACCCGAAGGAUUACAGUAUGACAACAACAAUGAUCAUUUUCAGAGGCGAUGUUAAAUGUGAUGAUGCUCAGUAUGGGAAAGGACGAGACGGUGACAGAUCAAGCAUAAGAUGUGAUGAAGGUCAAGAGGGAAGCAAGACUGCGGUCUGUAAGGAAGGAGCAUGGACACUUGAGGAGGACAGCUGCAUCUUAACAGAUAUCAAGGAAUUAUUAAUUGAUUCACAGGAUUUGGUUGUGGCGCAAGUGCCAAAUUUUGUGGCGAAUCUAAGUAAAGCUGUACAGGAAGACAAAACAGAAAUUGCAAAUUCAUCUGCAACCAUAUCAGCAAUCGUUGACAUCCUAAACACCAUUGCAAAUGUUUCCGCUGCUGUCAAUGAAAGUAUCAUGGAGGACGUGCUAAAAACAGUUGAUGUCAUCAUUGCUGAUGAUGCAAAACAGUCCUGGGAAGUUCUGAAUGCAAAUAAAACCCAGAAUGCCAGCUCAGAAUUACUGGGUUCACUGGAGACUCUCUCUGAAAACUUGGCUGGGGAGUUUCGCAUCGUGACUCAACGAAUCCAGCUCAACCGUACCAUGUUUAACAAAAACUACGAUGCAAACCCGAACUCCAGUGUGGGCAUUGGCAUUACAAACACCAACACUGACAAUGUCUUUAUCACCACCAUCACCUUUUCAACCCUUAAUAAUGUUAUGCCAGCACGGAACUCCAGCUUUGACACCAGCCUCAACAAUGCCACCAACAACAAUGCCACCAACAGUAUUCUUGCUAACACCAUUAAUGCUGCUGUGGUACUUGUGAAAACAAAUGCAUCAAUUCAGAAUGUCACUUUCAGAUUCAACAAGCGAAAUAAUUCUCUUACACAGAACCCACAGUGCGUCUUCUGGAACUUCACACUGCUUGAUAAUCUAGGUGCUUGGGAUGAUGAGGGGUGUACAUUUGUUUCUGACGAAAACAACAGAGUAAUCUGCAGCUGCAACCACCUCACCUCAUUCUCGAUUCUGAUGGCCACUAACAUCCCUCAAUCUAUAAGAGAAGCCUUGGAUAUAAUCACUUAUGUUGGAGUUGGGAUAUCUAUGGCAAGUUUAGUUAUAUGUCUCAUUAUUGAAGGAUAUGUCUGGAAAGCCAUUACCAGAAACAGCACUGCCUUCAUGCGUCAUGUUUCCAUUGUAAACACUGCCUUGUCUCUGCUGAUUGCAAACAUUUGUUUCAUCAUUGGUGCUGCUAUUGCUAACAACCCCCUUGAAAACCCAGGGGAGGACCAUAAAGUUCCAGUGGGACCAUGUAGCACAGCAACAUUUUUUAUGCACUUUUUCUACCUUGCUCUGUUCUUUUGGAUGCUUGCGUCAGGACUUUUACUCUUUUAUCGGACGGUUAUGGUCUUCUCCCACAUGUCCAAGUCAACCAUGUUGGCCAUUGGCUUCAGUUUAGGCUACGGGUGCCCUCUAAUUAUAGCUGUCAUCACUGUUGCUGUUACAGCACCAGUAAAUGGAUACAUCAGGAAAGAUAAUGCUUGUUGGCUGAACUGGAAGGAGACUAAGGCCCUUCUGGCUUUGGUGAUACCUGCCUUGACCAUAGUUUUAAUGAACAUAUUGAUUGUAAUUGUGGUCUUGUUCAAAAUGCUGAGAAGAGGUGUGGGAGACACGGCCCAGUCAGAUGAAAAGCAUACACUGGUUGUCAUUGCAAGAUGUGUGAUCAUUUUGACUCCUUUAUUUGGACUGACAUGGUCUUUGGGAGUGGGAACCAUGAUAUCGCCAGAAAAUAAAGGAAUCCAUAUUGCCUUUGCAUUCUUCAAUUCACUACAGGGUUUCUUCAUUUUAGUGUUUGGGACGCUAUUGGAUUCAAAGAUCCGAUCUAUCCUCUCAAGACAAUCACCUACAUCAAGCAUAACUUCAAAUCCAACAAGAAGUACAAGUGGCAUUCCCUCAAGUGGUGGCAUUCCCUCUUUCAGUGGAACAAAUUUGAUAAGCAGACUACGCGGAAGGAGAUAUAUCUACCACGUGUCAGAAGCCGCAAACCACUCAAACAGUACUGACUUAUCAGAGUCAUUUGUCAGUAUCUGAAUCAACACAACAAUCUGUGUACAUAAUAUUGACUUUAUUACUAAUUCAUAAUAUCUGUUAUUGUAAGAUUUUUCAGUAGCCUAUAUAAUCAGAAAUUGGACAUUACAUUAUGUAGAACUCCACACUGUCUCACAGCACUGAGUCUUCAAAUGUGUUUUGUGUGUCAAGUUAACUAGGACGAUAUGGUAAACACAAAUGUUACAAACAUGGUCAGUUUUGAAAUCAGAAGGUAUAUGAUGUGGUAACAAACAAACAGCAUUACAUUAUGUUUGAAGGAGGCUACACUGUAUUGUCUCUAUUCACAUUUCUAUAAUAAGAAGCCCAAGGAAAGCAUGUGAUAUAAAUGGGAUAUAGCUGAAAUUUAACUUAACUUUAUUUUCAGUAACAUAAUAUUGUGGGGGGCACAAAAGCCAAAGGAGUCUCUGAGGAACCAGUAAGAAGGAAGCAACUUGUAAAUCAUGACUAGCUCAAGUAAUUCCCAAAUAACUCUGAAUCAAUGAUAAAUGUAAUAAGCUACUAUUUUUGUGUCCACUCAAGUGGUGCAUCAUACAGACUAGUUUCUAAGUUUUCAUGAUUAACUUUGAUUACCGUACCAUUACCUACCACUUUCUAUGUCCCCUCAAGUAAAGAAGGGCAGCCUAUUACUAAACUGGCAAUGAGCUACUACGGAUUUAGUAUAGUACUGACUGCUCAGAAUUUUGUGAGCAAUUGAAGUAGUAAUGCAAUGAAAUAAGAAUUAUAAAGAUAAUUUGUCCAAAAUUUGCUUAUGAUGAACUCUGCUGUAAUGUGUGUGUACAGUUCACUGAGUUAUCAGUGUGGAUUUAUUUUUUCAAAUCAUUUAUUUUUAU